AUGGUCGCUCAAGAUGUGAAGCAGAAAAAGCUUAUCAAAAGCCUGCUGGGCGAGAAGGGGAGAUUGCAUCCUUCUCAUUGGUCAGCUCUUCCCAUUAACGCUUCAAGAUAUGGUAAAGAGAAGGAGAUGACCGAUGAGAAGCGCACCAUCUCCGCCCACUACGGCGAGUGCCAUCCACUUCAUAAAAUGUCCGACUACAAAAGUCAUGUGUGGAACCAAGUGGCGCAGCAGUUGUCCUUUUCAGGCCCUGGAGUGGAGCUGGAGCGCAAAUGGCGUCAUAUGCGGGAUCGUUAUGUACGCCUUCGAAAGAUCGACAAGACCAGCGCUCCGCUCAAAAAAGGCGAUAAAUGGUACUACUAUUACAAGAAAAUGUCAUUUUUGGACCCCUACAUAGAGCAUCGGAACAGGCGAAAGCGAGGCGAUCUUAUGACGAGUCUCAUGAAACUUGGAGGCAAUGAGAGGAACGAUGAGGAGGAAGCUAGCGAUUCCGGAGAAGGAGAGAUUGAGGAUCGCUGUGACCCACUGAAAGAAUUUUAUGCGAGUUUUGCUGAGCAGAGCAUGGCGAUGCCGUUACCAAUUGAUGUGGAGUAUAAUGACAAGCAAAGCCAGUCCGCGGGCUCAUCGGGGAAGAAGAGGAAACUUGAAGAGGUGCAUGAGGAAGACGUUGGAGACACAGAGGUUUCCUUAUUUGUUCGCUCGAUUGAAAAGUCGUUAAGCGGCAUGGAUGCACGUACGUUCGCUUUGGCACGAUUGGAAAUAUCUCGGGUUCUUUUUGAUUGUCAAUAUGGAGAUAGAAAACUGGUCUAA